AUGGAGAGUUUCUCCCCUUUUCGUGUGGUGGGAAGUGUCUGUGGUGAUGUUCCCAUCAGCAGCACAACCCUCUAUGGAGCUCCAGUGCUCAUGAUCGCCACCGGCCACACCUUUCAGUUAUUCCGCGGGAAGGAGUUAUCCAUGUUGCGGGGUGGACCUCACUUUCUCAAACGUGUUCGUGCGGUAGCGCAAGCAGGAAAAUACCGUUUUGUUGCGGAGGGUCCUCGUAUACAUGGAUUUACACAUCAUAAACCUCUUUGGACUUGUUUACAUCAUGAUAUUACACAGAGUAAAGUGGAACACCUUUUAGCACAGGAUGAUUUACUCUUUUGUGUGGGACAAGAUAAAAGAGUGGUGGUUCGUGCGGUAAAGACAGGAGAUGUUCUGGGUGAGUUUUUAAUUGAACGUAGUGAAGAGGUCUCUGCCAUGGUAUUACCGGCUGGAUAUACAAAUAAAUUAUUGGUGGGUACAAAAUCUGGAGCAUUACAUUUAUAUAAUUUCAGAACUGGGAUUUGUUUAUGGUAUGCUCAACGAGAAUCAUUGGCACAAAUCACAUCCCUUACGGCCAGUAAUUAUAAAGAUAUUAUUGCUUAUGGAACAAGUAGUGGACGUGUGAUGGUACUAAAUAUGGGAACAAAUGAAGAAAUUAUGAGCUUUGAUCACAGAGAAAGAGGAGCCGUUACCGCUUUGGCAUUUCGUACAGAUAAAAGUAUUUUGGUAUCUGGAACCAGUGGAGGUGAAGUGGUAUUAUGGGAUCUUGAAAAUCGUUGUCUUGAUGGUGUGCUUACGCGCAGUAAACAAGUACAAUCGGAAGCUGAUGUUCUGGAAACUCCUCAUACCAACACUGUUCAUUCUAUUGUGGUUUUACCAACUGAUAGUGCUGCUAUCGUUACGGCGGGAUCUGAUAAUGCCUUAUUACAGUUUAGAUUUGAUACUGUAGAUGGAUUGGGCACUUUGGUAAGAGAGCGGCGUGGACAUAUGGGAAGUUGUACCACCGCUGCUUUUUACAAUACAGAUUUAUUAUUAACAGCAGGUACAGAUCGUUCUCUUCGAGUUACACAUGUUUUUUCAGAUCGGGCUUCAUGGGAACUUUCACAAGGACGACUUGGACGACGUGGACGAGAGAAACAAAUGGGACGAGAGGCAUUAAAGAUGACACCUGCUAUUGCGAUUGCCAGUUCUACCGCAAGGAAUUAUCAAUGGUCUAGUGUAGUUUCUCUGCAUGAGGCUUCUGCACAGAUGUGUGGAUGGCGUAUGGAUACACGUGCAUUGGAGUGUAAAUUAAGUGGUAUCUCCUCCUCCACACACACUGCACGCUCUGUUGCUAUGAGUGAUUGCGGUAAUUUCGCUAUUGUGGGAUACUCCAGUGGAAAUGUGGCUAUUAUAAGCAUUCAAAAUAAAAGUGUUAAACAACUUUUUGAUGAGGCCCUUCAACCAGCAGAUCGGGCUCAUGCAAGUUCUGUAGAAUGUGUAGAAGUUGCAUGUGGUAAUACUGUUGUUGUAACAGCUGGUUUGGAUGCACGUAUUAAAAUGUGGGAUCUUCUUAAUUGUAAAUUGCGAUAUGUUUUGGAAACGGGUUGUCCUGUAAGUAAAUCAUGUGUUCAUCAACCAUCAUCCCUUUUUAUUGCCGCUCAACAUUUUACAAUUCGUGUCUAUCAUUGUAAUCCAGAUGUGGGUCUUAGUACAGAGGAACUCACCACACCUGUUCGAGUCUUUGAUGGACAUAAUGGUCCUAUCACGGCAUUGGCUUUAGCACCGGAUUCCAAUCGUUAUAUUGUUUCUGCUUCUGGAGAUGCAGCUUUACUUGUCUGGGAUCUCGCAGCUGCUGCCUGUGUUGGACAGUACCGCUUUACAACUCCUGCCAUUUCACUUAGCUUUCAUCCGGAUGCCUUGUUUUUAAUUUCCACACACGCAGGAGAUCGGGGGGCAUUCUUGUGGUCUAAUAAUCUCCGGUAUGGAUUUGUGCCGGAAGUUGUAGAAAAUCCAAAGAAUCGCGUGGUGGAUGAUCUUCCAUUACUGCACUUUCCCACAGCCCAUGGAGAAACAGAGGAUGAGACCACAGAAACGAAUGAAAAUGGAAAACUGGAGUGUAAUAACGGUAAUGGUGAACUUCAUCAUUCACAACAGAAGAAAGAUAAUGAUGAUGAUGAUGAGGAAGAGGAUGAAAUCAACAAAAACUCUGCCGCUGCUGCUGCAGGAACUGGUGCGGAAGUGGAAGCCGAGUUAUUUGAUGCGGCUACGGAUAUUGCACUUGUAAAGCGUCAACAUGAGGAACACCAGCGAGAUCAACUGGACCAAAUUGUCUCUGGUGGAUUACGGCUUGCGGGAGUACCACGCUCAUUAUGGUUUGAUCUCACCUUGUUGGAACAAAUUAAAGAGAAGAAUCAACCAUUACUCCCACCUAAAAAACGGGAUGUACCUUUUUUCCUUCCUACAACUCAAGAAUUACGUCCUACAUUUCUUGUAGUCGCCUCUUCUGGAAAAGAGAAUGGAUCUACUGGAACUCAACCACGUGUGAUGAAUGCAUCUUUUGCAGAUCUCACUCCAGUUCAGCGUAUGUUAAUACAGAAUGAACAUGAGGCAUUAAUGGAGUAUUUACGCUCACUCACAACACCACAGGCUAUUGAUUUGGAAAUUAAACGAGCUGUGGACUACACAGAAGGUGGAUCCUACACAGAAGAAGAAAUACAACGUUUAAAGGAAUGUUUACGUGGAUUAUUGGCUUUUCUCGCAGAGUGGCUUCGAAGAUGUGAGAAUGUGGAUCUUGUGCAGGGUAUUUUAGCGGAUACCAUUCGUUCUCAUGGUCCACUCAUUACACGAUGUGGUGAGGAACUUGUGCCGUUACUGGAAGAGUUAGCACAACUACAGAAUACGGUACGAUACAGCAUGGAUCAUUUACUGGGUUAUCCAAGUUGCCUUGUUGGGACCUUUUCUGGAUCACUCUUCUAA